GUUGUUUUUAUUUGCGAGUUGGGACAUAUUUUUCAGGAAUUUUGAAUGAUUCUAAAUAAAUUUAUUGAUAAAGAAAAUUUCAUUUUUUUAUCAAUGGCCACAAGUUUAUUCUAUGGUUCUGUUGCGAAAAAAAUAUUCACACGAGCAUUCAUAGCUGCUUAUAAAGAUCGUGAUAUUAACCAUAAACAAUUGGCUGAUUGGAUUAAAUUAAGUCUUUAUUUCGAAGAUCCUACACGUACAUUAAAGCCCGGUAUGCUAUACCAUCAAACGAUACCUAGAUAUACAGAACUUUUUCAAACUGGCCUUUGUAUAUUUGCAUUUGGUUUCUACGUCAAACAAGUUCGUGCAUUACAAAAAUAUUGGCUUCAUGAAUGGACUGUAACCGCAAUUCUCGGCAGACAGACAAUUGAUAAUUACAGCCGUUCAAUUUUGAUUGAUUGUCAUGAUGUCUCAAACAUCGCUACUGAUUUAAUUGAAAAUUCCUUGCAAAAGUUUGUUGGUAUUAUUGAACAGACCGGACCUGGACAUUUACAUGAAAAAACACAACCUGUUGAUUGUGAAGAGUCGAAUGCUUAUGAACAAUACCAUGACAAUACACCUCGAUUGAAGACCUGUUAUUCGAUCGAACUUCUUGACAGGCAAGAUCGAGAAGUCAAACUUCGAAUUAAAUCUGAUGGGUUGUUUAAUUGUCGGUCAUUUGUUAGAGAUUUAGGUUUCUAUCUGAAUUGUCCUUCUUCAAUCGAUUCGGCACACCUCGACAAACUUGGACCAGUGCAAUCAGGACAGUCAUUGCAAAAACAUCAAUUGCAUUACGAACAAAUGGUCAAAUCAGCCGAAGAAAUAACUCCCGCAUGUAUUGAAUAUUUAAAACAAUUACGGCAACAAUAUCCUGAUGCAAAAAGUUCUGGUCGUUUUAUUUAGUUUUCAUAAAUUUUCUCAAAAAAUUCUGUACAUUUUGUUCAACAAUUUAAUUUUAUUAAUAAAUUCAUUAAAGUAACAGAUUUAA